GUGUAAAGUGUUUUCGUUAAAUAAGUGAAAAUAAUUGAAAGAAUAAAUACGGUGUGUAGUGGUGCAAUUGUGUUUCCUUGCUGGAUCCUGGAUUUUAUGAGGAUUGUUGACUUUAACCUGAGAGAUUAUUUAUUAUCAGGUCUCAACAAGCCAGCAUCGCCGUGCACGCAUUAUGAGAUUAUCCUCUACGCGUUUAUGAUCUACAAUUAGUAAACAAAUUAUUCUGAAGAUACCGACGCAAUCCAAAAUGCCCUUUCUAUGCUUGGAACGGGCCGGCUCGAGUGGUGUGGUGAGCGGGCGGCGGCGCGCGCGGUAGAUUCCGGCCACAUGCCCCCGCGCCAUGUGGCGCGUGCUGCUGGCCCUAUGGGCUGCGUGCGCCGCCGCGCGCGCCUCGCAGGACGUGGUGCGCAACUUCACCGACCCGGUGUCCUCGUCGACUUCACUCUUCAAUCAUCUCGUCGUCGACCGCAAUACCGGCCGUGUCUACGUUGGCGCCGUCAACAGAAUCUACCAGCUAUCACCCGACCUCGAUGUCGCGCAAUCCAUCGUCACGGGGCCGGUCAACGACUCUGCUUUCUGCACCUUCGACUGCCCCCCGAAUUUCGUGAAGAAACCAACGGACAAUAUAAACAAAGCACUCGUAAUAGACUAUGCUACGAGCCGGCUAAUAACGUGCGGUUCAGUGUUACAAGGACUGUGUUCUGUGCGCAAUCUAAAUAACAUUUCUCAUGAUGUGCAUGAAAUCCGUGAGCCGGUUGUGGCGAACAAUGCGUCGGCGUCAACAGUGGCAUUCAUUGCUCCGGGACCCCCUAAUCCCCCCAUGACCCAGGUCAUGUAUGUGGGAGUUACGUUUACUGGUAACUCUCCCUAUCGUUCAGAAGUUCCUACUGUCAGCAGCAGGUCGCUGGAAGAUGAACGUCUAUUCAUGAUUGCCCGGACGGCCGUCACCACAGGGACUAGAAUGUUUGUAAAUUCUUUAUCUCGUGAACGUUAUCCUAUAAAUUAUGUGUAUGGUUUUAGUUCUGAAGGAUUUAGCUAUUUCUUAACAACGCAGCUAAGGGCAGUCGGUUCUGAUACAUAUUAUAGUAAGUUAGUGCGUGUAUGUCAUGAUGACGAAAAUUAUUAUUCAUAUACAGAGAUACCUAUGUCUUGUACAGGAGAAGGCGGAAAGAAUUAUGGGUACAAUUUAGUACAAGCAGCUUUUGUUGGUAAACCAGGUUCGGUUCUUGCUGGAGAACUUGGAAUAACAGCUCAACACGAUGUCUUGUUUGCAGCAUUCAGUCAAAGUGAAACGAUAAACACCAACACGCCUUCUGAUUUGUCAGCCCUGUGUGUGUAUUCUCUGAAAGCUAUACGCAGAAAGUUUAUGCACAAUAUCAAAACUUGCUUCAGUGGCAAUGGUUCACGUGGCCUAGAUUUCAUAUCGCCGUCCCAUGCAUGUAUCGGAACCAAAUUACAAUCUAUCAGCGAAGACUUUUGUGGUUUAGAUGUAAAUACACCACUAGGAGGCGAGCAACCAGUGGAAGCCGUACCAGUGGCUAAGUUCAAGAAGAGGCUAACUGCAGUGGCGGCCACAGCCACUGGGGAUUAUACUGUAGUUUUUGCAGGAACAGCGCAGGGACACCUGAAAAAGAUAGUGGUUGAAAGUCCUACUUCCGCCUUUGAGUAUGGAGAUAUUGUAGUCGAUGAGGGCUCACCUGUCAACAAAGACUUAUUCUUUGAUACUCAAUUAAUGCAUUUAUACGUAAUGACUGAACGUAAAGUAUCUAAAGUUAAAGUUCAAGAGUGUAGCGUAUAUAAAUCGUGUUUAACGUGUCUCGGAGCCAAAGAUCCAUAUUGUGGAUGGUGUUCCCUAGAAAAUAAGUGUAGUUUGCGGUCAGACUGUCAAGAGGCAGCUAAAGAUCCCUUGUAUUGGAUCUCUUAUCGCAGUGGACGUUGCACGACUAUUACUCAAGUAACACCGAACCAACUGCAACGAACGACAGCUAGAACAUUAGAUUUGCUAAUUGAAAACUUGCCCACACUUAAUGGACAAUUCUUAUGUGCAUUUACAGCUUUAGAUCGUACCUUAAUAACCAAUGCUACUAGAAAACCUUAUGGUGUUAAUUGUACCACACCGCGCACCGACACGCUCCCACCGAUCCCUGCUGGUCAACAUCAUUUCACAGCCAAACUGUCGGUGCGCACCACUCAGGGACCUGAUUUUGUAGCAACAAAUUUUACAUUUUUCGAUUGUAAUACGUAUAGCUCGUGUACUCAAUGCGUCAGUUCGUCUUUCCCUUGCGACUGGUGCGUUGAUGGACAUCGUUGCACUCAUGAUACUGCUGAAAAUUGUAGAAACGAUAUUUUAGUGACUGGCGUUAGUAGAAUCGGCCCUAGCUAUCGUUCAGGUCCUGGCUUUUGUCCCACUAUCAAUUCCACAGCGGAUGGCACUAACGAAAUUUUGGUUCCAUCCGGUGUAAAGAAAGCUAUAAAAGUAAAGGUUCAUAUAAUAGGACAAUUUAUAGUCCAAACGAGGUUCGUUUGUCAAUUCAAUAUAGAGGGUCGUGUUACUCAUGUCAAUGCUCAACUUCUAGCGGAUACAAUUUAUUGUGAACCUGUAGAAUUUACGUAUACAUCGCGUGCACCAAACAUUACUGCUUCUUUCGCUGUUAUUUGGGGUGGAUCGAAACCGUUAGACAAUCCGGAUAAUAUGCAUAUUUUGAUUUACCGUUGUAAUGAUAUGGCUGACAAUUGUGGCAUGUGUCUCGCUUUGCCGGAAAAGUUUGGAUGUGGUUGGUGUCAGGGCUCCGAUCGCUGCGAAGUUCAGGAACAAUGCGGUAUACCUAGUGUAUGGUUAAAUCGUACCCAAACUUGUCCAAAUCCUGACAUAUAUUCCUUCUCUCCUGAAUUAGGUCCUUGGGAUGGAGGAACUAAUAUUACCAUCGAGGGUAUUAAUUUAGGUCGAAACAUAUCUGACAUUUAUAAUGGAGUCACUAUAGCAGGGAUUAAAUGCCAACCUAUUAUAGAGUUGUAUGUAAAAACUAGCCGUAUUGUUUGCACUGUAGACGGUCCAGGUGAGGAAGUACCUCGAGAUGGCCCUGUAGUUGUUAGGGUUGCUGAUUAUCGUGGUGAAUCUAAACGACAUUAUGCGUUUGUCAAUCCGAAAAUAAGUUCAAUUCACCCUAAGUAUGGCCCACAAUCUGGUGGUACUAUACUUCACAUCAGAGGGGAAUAUCUUAAUGCAGGCAGUAAUAUUCAAGCUUUCAUAGACGAUUUGCCAUGUCCUAUUCUUAACGUUUCGAAUGAAUUGGCUGUUUGCAGAACUAGCCAUUCUUACCAACUGAAAAUGGGUACUCUACGAAUGCAUUUCGAUACAGGUGUGCGAACUCUGGAACGCGAAAAAUUUGAAUAUAUCGAAGAUCCCGUUGUUGAUUCUGUCGAGUCGGGUCCGCCGCUCGCAUCACAACGUAAACAACCGAAAGGCAUACCAUCCGGCGGGAUUAAAAUAAAAGUGAUAGGCCGUAAUUUCCAUUCUGUACAAUCCCCACAAAUAUAUGUUUAUCACGAUAAUCGCCCUUACAUUGGCCCUUGCAGUCGAGUAGAAUUUCAGUUUCAAACUCAUUUGAUUUGCGAAUCUCCUGGUAUAGAAAGCGCCGGUCUUAACUUGGAUCCAGAUAAACCUUUAGAAUUAGAGUACGGGUUUAAUAUGGAUGAUGUUCAAAGCGUGAAAAAUUUAACUACUAGGACUGGCAACGCUUUCUUACUUUAUCCAGAUCCAAUAUUAGAGAAGUUCGAUGAGGACGUUAAGUAUUAUAAGUCUGAAUAUUUAACUAUUAAUGGUCAAAAUUUAGAUAGGGCAGCUACGGAAACAGAUGUAGAAGUACAUAUAGGUGAAAGUUGGUGUAAUGUGACGUCCCUUGCGCGGCAUCAGUUGACUUGCCGUCCGCCGUCUCGCGACGAAUUACCUGAUGGGGUUGAUACUCCUGAAGUAGUCGUCAAAGUUGGGCGCGCAGAUCCUUUCUAUAUAGGAAAAUUAUCAUAUUCGUCUCAGGCUGGGCUACAGACAGCUAUUAGCAAGCCAGUAUUAGUAGGCGUAAUCGCCAGUAUAGUGAUACUGUUUUUAGUAUUUAUCGUAUUUUUAAUUAUGUAUAGGCGAAAAUCAACUGAGAAUAUUAGAGUACUAAGAAAUAUGCAAGAACAAAUGGAUAUUUUAGAAUUAAGGGUAGCUGCUGAGUGUAAAGAGGCGUUUGCUGAGUUGCAGACUGAAAUGACAGAUUUGACGGGUGACGUGACGGGCGGUAUACCAUUCCUCGAUUAUCGCACUUAUGCCAUGAAAAUUUUGUUCCCCAAUAUUGAUGACCAUGCUGUCUUACAGUGGGAGCGUCCAGAGCUUACUAGAAAAGAGAAGGGUCUCAGAAUGUUUGGGCAGUUAAUUAUGAACAAAACAUUCCUUCUAUUAUUUAUUCGUACUUUAGAAAGCAAUAGAUAUUUUUCAAUGCGCGAUCGCGUCAAUGUAGCUUCACUUAUAAUGGUGACUUUACAGAGUAAGAUGGAAUAUUGCACUGAUGUAUUAAAAACUUUGCUUGCUGAGCUCAUAGAGAAAUGCAUGGAAGGGAAGAGCCAUCCUAAGUUAUUGCUUAGGCGAACUGAAAGCGUUGCUGAAAAGAUGCUGAGCGCAUGGUUCACUUUCCUGUUGUAUAAAUUCUUACGUGAGUGCGCUGGCGAACCGCUUUAUCUUCUAUUUAGGUCCAUGAAAGGACAAGUAGAUAAAGGUCCUGUAGAUGCCAUAACUUCAGAGGCUAGAUAUUCUCUAAGCGAAGAAAAACUAAUUAGACAGUCAAUAGAUUUCAAAGCUUUGACCGUUAGCGUGUCUAUAUCGCAGCAAACUAUCUUUGUUAACGGUUCUGAUGCCACAACUGAGAACGUCCAAGUAAAAGUUCUCGACUGUGAUACGAUAAGUCAAGUUAAAGAGAAAUGCUUAGACGCAAUUUACCGCGCUACUCCUUACUCGCAAAGGCCGAGUCGUGACGAGCUCGAUUUAGAAUGGCGCACGGGUGCCUCGGGUAGAUUAAUACUCUAUGACGAAGAUUCGACUACUAAAUGCGAAGGCGAGUGGCGCAAGCUUAAUACCCUCAAUCACUAUCGCGUACCAGACGGCGCUUGCCUCAGCUUAGUUUCCAAGCAAAGUUCCGUGUACAAUCUUUCUAAUAUGGAAAAGAACGACAAAUCUCACACUUACGAGACACUUAACCGCGGUAAAUAUGGCUCAGCAAGUCCACCUGCUAGUCCGUUGAAAUACGAACACGGCUUUAAAUACUGGCAUCUUGUGAGACACCAUGACGGUGACGCACACAAGGAGGGAGAGCGGGGCAAUAAAAUGGUGUCAGAGAUUUAUCUUACUCGCCUUCUCGCAACCAAAGGCACGCUGCAAAAGUUCGUCGAUGAUUUAUUCGAAACUAUUUUCAGCACGGCGCAUCGCGGCUCCGCUUUACCUUUAGCCAUAAAGUAUAUGUUCGAUUUCCUUGACGACCAAGCACUACAACACGCAAUUUCCGACCCCGAAGUAGUGCACACAUGGAAAAGUAAUUCUCUUCCCCUACGUUUUUGGGUAAAUCUUAUUAAAAAUCCUAACUUUGUAUUCGAUGUUCAUAAGUCUAAUACUGUAGAUUCAUGCUUGUCAGUUAUAGCGCAAACGUUUAUGGACUCGUGCUCGACGUCCGACCACAUCCUAGGUAAAGAUUCGCCUUCGUCUAAGCUUUUGUACGCGAAAGAUAUUCCAGUUUAUAAAGAGUGGGUUGAGCGUUAUUACGCGGACAUUAAGUUGAUGCCGGCGAUAUCCGACCAGGACAUGAAUGCUAUGCUAGCGGAGGAAUCGCGCCUUCACACUAAAGAGUUUAAUACUAACUGCGCAUUGAACGAGCUAUAUUCAUACGCGAUGAAAUACAGCGAUCAGCUUAUGGUGACACUCGAGGAGGACGAAUUCUCGCAGAAACAGCGGCUUGCGUACCGCCUCGAGCAGGUGCAUAGCCUCAUGGACUAUAAUAUGUGAACAGUUCCUAGAGGCUUGUGACACCGGACCCACCGCUCUGUAUAUAAAGCACAUAUCUAUGCUCGUCGAUUGUAUAUAUUAGAUAGUGUACAGUCUUUAAUAUUGUAAUUUUUGUAUAAUUUCAGCCAGAAAGUCGUUUUUUAAUUUUAUAUAAAUGGACUUUGUAUUGAUUUUACACGACGAACUCGGCCGGCUACGGUCGUGCCACAGUAUGCAUCGUAAAUUUAAAAAUGUGUAUGUCUGUCUAUGUGUGCUCGCGUCGUACGAGUUAAUGUUACGUCGAUCGGUGUAUAAUGUGUGUUGCAAAGAAACAUAUUGUAAACUCGCCGGCGAGCGCAUCAAGCCUCGCCGACGGGUGAUUUUUAAAUUUGUACUCGCAGUCUACUUAACAAAUAGCCGCAAGUCGGCAAUUCCAUUAAUAAAUAAUAAUCGUCGAAUGUA